AUGGCCGUCUCACGGGCGCACGCGACCCACCGUUCGCUGUCGCACCUUCUCCUCGCCGGUUUCAACCCCCUCGCCUCGACCGCGUCCUCCUCGUUUCAAGGACAAGCGCGGGAAUCCUUAUCGACUCCAUCACUCUCUCCGGUACCGCUCUCGGGAUGGCUAGCCGCGGUGGGGAGGGAAGCGGACGUUAUCGACCCGCUCGCUCGACCGUACUCUCUUCGACCUGGUGGAAUCGCUGGUGGAGCAGGACACUCGCUCGUCACGUACCGGAAUUGGGAGGGCACAGACAGGAUCAUGGCGCUCGGGCGAAACGAGGCGGGCCAGUUGGGCGUCGGCUUUGCGUCGCAGGAGGGAACGCGUGGGCUUGUGGAGGGCUUCGAGGGCGAGGAGAUCCUCUCCGUGCGGGCUGGAGUGCAGGCAACCUACGUGCUUGUCCGUGACGAAGACAGGACGAUCCUGUAUUCCAGCGGGAAACUCGCUCGCGGUCGACUAGGGCAACCUGCGCGAUAUCCUCCGCCUAAUACGACGGAGGACACCGACGCACCUCGGCAACAUACGCUCCCUCGCGCAACGGUCGUCGAGCUACCUGAAGGAGCUGGCCGGAUAAAGCAGAUCGAAACUGGCUUCGAGCACCUGCUUGUCCUGACAGAGAACGGCCAGGUCUUCGGAACGGGCUGCAAUACCGACGGCCAGCUAGGCCUUGCUUCGGCGUCCUCCGACAUCUACCAGUUGACACGGCUGCCACUACCUCGCGAGAUUGAUAAGGAAGGUGGCGUCGAGCGGAUCAGUGCAGGAGCGGAUACCUCUGCUUUCAUCACGAAGAGCGGGAAAGUGUGGACGUUCGGCAACUCGGAGUACUGCCAGGCCAUGCACGGCCAGAAGAUCGACCAAAUUGUCUCGCCUCUCCCAAUCGAUUCGUCCUUCCUCCCCUCGAAUCGCCGAAUCGUCGACUACCGCUGCGGCGGCUCCUUCGCUCUCGCUCUCGACGACCGAGGAUCCGUCUACUCGGCAGGCUAUGGCGCGCUUGGGCUCGGCAAGGACAAGCUGCAGUCUCAGAAGCCGCAACGAAUAGACUCGCUAGAAGGAGCACGAAUCAACCGAAUCAAAGCGGCUUGGGGUUACGCUGCGGCUGUUCGAGACGCCGAGGAUAGCUCCGCGCUCUUCACUUGGGGCCUCAACACCGUACACGGCCGACUAGGUCUAGGCGCGCUACCUCACUCCUCCUCAUCCGGCCCGCCCAAUCCGCACGCUCCGCCGGCAGUCCCGAUGCACGUCUACGAGCCGCAAGAGGUCAAGCUGCCGCUGCGGGAACUCGGGCUAGACGGAACGGUUGGAGGGAGGGAGAGUGUGCGGUGGACGCUGGGCGAGGUUGAGCUGGGCACGGAGGGGAUGUGGGUCGGGCUAGACGUGUCGGAAGAGCUGGAGUAG